GGGCAGUAACGAGCUCAGUACAGUUUGGCGCAACACAAUGAGGCGAAGAAGACUAGAAAACUUACUUGAAUAAAAACGACACAGAGGCCCGGUUAACCGCCCCACCUCCGUUGAAGAGCAGCUUACUACGGACUACUGCCUCCCUCACAGCGGGGGAGACACUGUCAUUGGGGGAGACUGUGCUCACUCAGGAACCAUUGGCUGGAAGUGCAGCAGCUGACUGUGAGAGAUGCCACCAAAGACAAGGGCCAGAGUCGGUAAAAGAGCAGCUGAUUCAGGGAAAGACGAUGAUGGUGAAACAGCUGUCGGUAAAAGGAAGGCGACGGGAAAGACGAAGGAGAGCUCAGAGUCAGCUGGUUCUCCAGAGUACCGCCACUGGCUGAUGAAGUCUGAGCCCGAGAGCCGCUUUGAGAACGGGAUCGACAUGAAGUUCGGGAUCGAGGAUCUGAAGGCUUUGCCUAAUCAGACUGACUGCUGGGAUGGCGUCCGCAAUUAUCAGGCGCGCAAUUUUAUGAGGCAGAUGAAAGUCGGGCAGUUGGCUUUCUUUUACCACAGCAACUGCAAGGAACCGGGCAUAGCAGGAGUCAUGAAAAUUGUGAAGGAAGCCUAUGUGGACCACACUCAGUUUGAUAAGAAGGAUGUCCAUUUCGAUGCAAACAGUAAACCAGACAACCCCAAGUGGAGCAUGGUAGAUGUUCAGUAUCAAAGAAUGACGAAGCGUUUUCUUCCUCUGUCUGAGCUGAAAAAGUACCACCUGCAGCAUCGCGCCGCAGGAGGGCCUCUAAAGGACAUGGCGCUUUUCACAAGAGCCAGACUCUCUGUGCAACCCCUAACCACUGAGGAGUUUGACUUUGUCCUGAGUUUGGAGGAUGAAGAGCCUCUGUGAGGAUUUGGACCAACUGAUGCUUUCUGACACUGUAAAAUCAUGAAGCAGCAGCUUACUGGUUUUUUUUAUCUUGUUUAUAAAUGUUAUUAAAUGUGUUUUGCUCAAA